UUCUAACAGCGAGUUACAUUGAACCGUCCAACGGAGAGAGAACAGCGAACACUCGUACGCCGACCGCGAACGUGAUAACAUUCUACUAUUCUCUUCUAUUUCAAUUUUUUAUUUUUUAUUUUCUUCUUCUUCUUCUUCUUCCUAUUAUUAUUAUAUUGCACUCAAAAAGAGAGAAAGAGAGAGAGAGAGAAACAGGAACAAAAAAAUCGAUGAAAUGGUGUAUGUUUGUGCGUGUACGUUCCUUUGGUGAUGAUACUUUUCGUAAAUUUGUUUUAUACUAGUGUUAUUCAGGGCUAGGGGGGGUGGGUGAGGGUGAAAAUGUUAUAAGGAAACUUGUUAUUCAUUUUGUGUAUAUGUGUGUUUUAUCCAAUUGAAUUUUGAUGGAUGAUAUCUCAUCAUUUAUUCGAUGUUCACGAGAACGUCUCUCGUUUCGAUGUGUUGACGCUCGUUAGGACAAGAGCGUUCCUAAUUAACAUCCCAAUCGGUAUCUUUGAGGACUAUAGGAGCAAGAGGAAGAGAAGAGGGGUUGAAAGAGGGUGAAAGAGGAGUUAAAUCCGCAGAAACUAGGGAAACCUAUAGGAAACACGAGCACCGAUCAAUGACAAGCGGAAGAUCAUCAUCAUCAUCAUCAUCAUCAUCAUCAUCAUCAUCAUCAUCGAUACAUAACUCGACCCAAUGCACUUGGAAAUUUCAUUGGCCGAGAUCCAAUGAAGAAUUCACUCAUCAGGAGAAUGUGGAAGUAUGAAACUUCCGAGUGGAUUUCCAGCUUAUACGGCCCACCACCACUCGUGUCACGUUUCGAGAGUCAUUAAGGAGAACAAAAUGGGUGCCAACCAAUCAAAUAGAACCUUACCUACUCCUGGAGAAGAAGUGAACUUCGAUCACUUUGAAAUUUUACGUGCCAUAGGAAAAGGAAGUUUCGGAAAGGUUUGCAUAGUGCAAAAGAGAGAUCGUACUGGUAAUAUGUAUGCGAUGAAAUACGUUCACAAAGGGGAGUGUGCUGAAAGAGGGGCAUUAAAAAAUGUCGCAAGAGAGGUUGAAAUUCUUUCCAAAUUGGAACAUCCUUGCUUAGUCAAUCUAUGGUUCAGUUUUCAAGACGAAGAAGAUUUAUUUAUGGUGUCAGAUUUAUUAUUGGGUGGUGAUCUGCGUUAUCAUAUACAACAAAAGGUUGAAUUCACCGAGGAAAGUAUCGUUCUGUUCGUCGUAGAAAUUGCACUCGCCCUUGAUUAUCUUCAAAAUCACAAAAUCGUUCACAGAGAUAUCAAACCUGAUAAUAUUCUGUUAGACGAGGAGGGUCAUGCACGUGUAACGGAUUUCAACAUUGCCACUGAACUGGAGGAUGGUCAAUUGGCAACUUCGAUGUCAGGCACGAAACCUUAUAUAGCACCCGAGAUUUACAUGUGCUCGUGCGAAGAAUAUGGCGUCCUUGGUUACGGAUUCACCGUUGAUUGGUGGAGUUUGGGAAUUCUCGCAUGGGAAACUUUGGCUGGUGAACGUCCUUAUUCCCUUCACUCAACAACUUCUUAUAGAGAAGCAUUAAAGAUUUUACAGGAAGAAAGGGAAACACCAUCCAACUGGAGUACAGCAAUAUGCGACCUCUUAGAUAGAUUGUUAACACUAGCACCAGGUGCUAGGGUCUCGACUUUAAGGGAACUCAAGCAGAUUGAAGUGAUAAGAAGUUUGGACUUUGAUAAAGUGUUGAACAAACAGAUAAAGCCACCCUUUGCGCCACCAAAGGAUCAUCUCAAUUGUGAUCCUACCUUCGAACUCGAGGAAAUGAUCAUCGAGACUAAACCUUUACAUAAAAAGAAAAAACGUUUGACCAAACAAAGAUCGAUCAGAGCCGAAUUGACAGGAGACGAUGCUUUGAAAUGUGCGGAAGGGAACGGUAUGGAUCUGAGAAGAUUGGCCUUUAUCCCAGAAUAUCGUGUAUACAAUCGUGAAAGAGAAAUUGAGAGAUUGGAGAGAGAACGUAAAGAAAAACAAUGGGAAGAGGAACUGAACACUGCCAUGAUGGGUGCCGAACAGACGCCAAGAAUGAGACAAGAACAGCAACAACAACAAGGACAGGAAGGACAGAAAAGUGUUAACAGAUUGAGUGUUUCGAACGUGAAAGCUCGAAUCAGUGCUUCCCCUAGACUUAGUCGAAGGGCAAGUACUGCGACGUCCUCCGACAUUGAUUACAUCGAUGCCAGUCCUGAACCAUCCACUUCUUAAAUUAAAUUCAAACACAUUUUUCUACCGAAACAAACAAACCCCUAGAAUAUAAAAGCCAAUCGAAUGUUUAGAAGAUAUACAUGGAUCGUCAUUUAUAACUGUCGAUGAUCAUUUGACAAUUGAAAAACAACAACAACAACAACAGAAUCGAUUCUACUAUAAUAAUUGAUCUUUUUUUUUUUUUGAAUCAUUACGAUCUAUCACUUUAACAUGUUAAAGUGGAUCCUGUUAACAAAUUUUAUUCACCUUCCGUGCCAAUUAAUUUUAUCAAACGAAUUUAACAAUAACAGUGUGCAAAACACACUGUGUGCAAAAUAAGAUUUGAUAAUUGUUUUUUCUUUUUAUUAUAUUAUAUUUGAUAAUUUAUUUUUGUUUAUUUAUUAUAAAAUGUGUACACAGUAUAUAUAUAUAUAUAAUAGAAAU